CUGCUUUCAGACUUCCGGAAGAUGUCAGGUCGCGGCAAAGGCGGGAAGGGCCUAGGCAAGGGAGGCGCCAAGCGCCACCGCAAGGUGCUGCGCGACAACAUCCAGGGCAUCACCAAGCCCGCCAUCCGGCGGCUGGCCCGGCGCGGCGGCGUCAAGCGCAUCUCCGGCCUCAUCUACGAGGAGACCCGCGGGGUGCUCAAGGUGUUCCUGGAGAACGUGAUCCGGGACGCCGUCACCUACACGGAGCACGCCAAGCGCAAGACGGUCACGGCCAUGGACGUGGUGUACGCGCUCAAGCGCCAGGGCCGCACCCUCUACGGCUUCGGGGGCUAAAGUUUUUUAAAGGUUCCCGUCGCUUACCAAAAAGGCCCUUUUUAGGGCCCCCAAGUUUUCGUUAAAAGAGCUUUAGUGCUUGUCUAUAAACGGGUCUCGGUAGAGCCGUUUUUAAAUGCGGCUUAAUGGUUACUUCUGCCCCGGGAGUUAAAUGUGGCCGAAGGAUGGGAGUUGAGACCCAGCGGGAUAGGACCUGGGCCUCCCGACCGCUUUUCACUGCGUGGUGGCAUUGCACGGCAUGUGGUUAUUAUUGGAUCAUUAGCUUAGUCCAAAGAUUGAAAAAUCUGGAAGCGUCCGGCCUUAAGGGCCAGGCCCACACUAACCUAAGCUAACACAGACAUUUUAAACACAUCCCUUCAUGUCCGAUCGUGAAGAGGCCAAGCAAAGUAAUGUUCCCCUUAACAGGAAACUUGUUUGCAGAGAGCUCUAGAAGAGAAAAUCUAUCUGUCCUCUUGCACUGUAGACCACAUUCAUGAUUUAUCCGUUCCUUUCUCUGUUGGAAAUUUACAUUGCUGUAUUUCCCUCCAUGACCUAGCACGGCAAUGGGCAUUGUACUCAGCUGUACGCCUUCUCUCCUUAUCUAGGAGUGGGAUUGCUCACCAAGAUCUGUGCAUAUUCAACUUGACAAGAAAUGCGCAGCUUGCUUCUCAAGGUUGUAGUUUGGGCUACAUUCCCAUAUUCCACAAGUGCCCAGAGUUCCUGCUA